AUGCAGCACGCCGCCAUCCAGCAGCAGCGGCCGUUCACGGCGGCCGUGCGGCGGGCGGCGGGCAGCGCGACACGGCUGCGCGCGGGCGGCAAAGGCGCGGCGCCGCCCACCACCGCGCAGCUGGCCGAGGGGGCGCGCGUGAAGGUCAAGGCCCCCGUCAAGGUCUACCACGUGGGCAAGUACAAGGCGGGGCUGGAGCUGGAGGGCAUGGAGGGCACCGUGGUGCAGCCCAACGUUUGCGACUACAAGCACCACGACGGCAAGAAGCACGACCUGUCGGCCACGCUGCCGGUCAAGGUCCAAUUCAUGGUGCCCGCGCCAGAUGGCGGCAAGGACGUCAAAGUGCUGGUGCACCUGGUGAGCUCGCUGGCGGGAGUGGCGGACGAUGAGGUCGAGGCGGUCUGA